ACCUGACACUGUAAAUCAUCCCUCCAGCAACAGCCUACAGCUUUGCUCCAGAGCCUCCUGUCAAUCUACCUGAUCCAGCAGCAGCAGCAGCAGCAGCGGAACCUCCCGCACUUCCACCACCAUCAUGUCUUUCAGAUCCAACGUCCCCCGAACCCUCAGCGUGUACGGGGGUGCCGGAGGCCAUGGCACCCGCAUCUCCUCGGCCCACGUCGGGUCCCUCUACAGCUCCACCAGCGUCGGAGGCUUCAACCUGAGCGACGGCCUGGACCUCCACGUGUCGGCCAACGAGAAGGCAACCAUGCAGAACCUGAACGACCGCCUGGCCACCUACCUGGAGAAGGUGCGCACCCUGGAGAAGGAGAACGCCCGGCUGGAGAAGCAGAUCAGGGAGUGGUACGAGAAGAGGACGGUGGUGUGCCACGAUUACAGCUCCUACUUCGUCACCAUCAACGACCUGCAGGACAAGAUCCGUGUUGCAUCCAAGAGCAAUGCCAAGACUAUCCUGGACAUUGACAAUGCCAAACUGGCUGCAGAGGACUUUAAAAUAAAGUUUGAGAACGAGCUGGCCAUGAGGAUGGCGGUUGAUGCCGACAUCGCCGGCCUGAGGAAGGUUCUGGACGAGAUGAACCUCAGCCGCUCAGACCUGGAGAUGCAGUACGAGGGUCUGAAGGAGGAGAUCAUCAUGCUCAAGAAGAACCAUGAGGAGGAGCUGGCCCUGUUGAGGGCACAUAUGGGCGGCCAGGUGAACGUGUCGGUGGACGCAGCGCCCUCUAUGGACCUGAACCAGACCAUGACCGAGAUCAGGGAACACUACGAGGCAGUGGCCACCAAGAACCGCAGAGACCUGGAUGCCUGGUACCAGAGCAAGAUGUGCACAGUUGAGCAGGAAGUAGUCAUUCAGAACGAGGGUCUCAUCAGCUGUCGCACCGAGGUGAAAGAGCUCAAGAGCACCCUCCAGAGGCUUCAGAUUGAACUGCAGUCCUGCACAAGCAUGAAACUAUCCCUGGAGGGCACCUUAUCAGAGACCCAGGCCCGCUACUCUGCUCAACUGUCAGGCCUCCAGGAUGUGGUGACCAGCCUGGAAAGCCAGCUGUCCCGACUCCACGGCAACAUCGCCAGCCACAGGCAGGAGUACAACGUCCUGCUGGACCUCAAGACCAGGCUGGAGAUGGAGAUCGCCGAGUACAGGAGGCUGAUGGACGGAGAGGACGACGUCACCAAACAAGUGGUCACCAAGGUCAUCACAGUGGUGGAGACUGUGAUCGAUGGGAAGGUGGUCCAGUCCUCCAAAACAGUAGACGUGGAUGUGGAUGAGAUUGAGUAAUCUAAUCCUAAUUUACCAACUACAAAAGAAAUACGAAUAAACUAAAUGAAAACUGA